AUGAAUGUCGCCAAGCGAAAAUUUCAGGUUCUGACCAAGCUUGGACUUGCCGAACACUAUCAAGGAGUCGAUGAAGUAUCCGGUGAAGAAUAUCACGUGGAAGAAGUUGAUGGUGCUCCAGGCCCAUUCAGAUGUUUUCUCGACAUCAGACUAGCUAGAACAACUACCGGAGCUCGAGUAUUCAGAGCAUUGAAAGGAGCAGUAGACGGAGGUCUAGAUGUACCCCACAGUGUUAAAAGUUUUCCUGGAUACGAUGCUGAAACGAAGGAGUACGAUGCUGAGGUUCAUCGAGGACACAGUUUUGGACAACACGUUGCCAACUAUAUGACACACUUAGAAGAGAACGACGAGGAUGCUUACAGGAGACAAUUUUCAAGAUACAUCAAGGAAGGCAUCGCAGGCAACACACUGGAAGAUAAGUACAAAGCAAUUCAUGCUGCAAUACGAGAAGAUCCGUCUCAUAAACCCGCACCAUCCAAGGAUGUAACACCAAAGAGGUGGAAUCGAGCCAAGAUGUCGCUUGCACAACGACGAGAUCGUAUACGUCAGAAGAAGGAGGCUUUCUUGAAGCGUCAGGCGGCAGAUGGCGAAGACAAUGACUAGACACAGUCCUAGUAUUCUGUACUCGCGAGAUGCAAUGUCAAUUAAUAAACCAUAAUUGUUUGAUUUAAUCGAUUGUUACACACACA